AUGGAGUGCUCAAUGUUGAAGAGAGUAUUUUCACUUCUUUCCCUGCUCUUGUUGUAUGUUUUGUCAAAUUCUUCACUUGAUAUUGCUUCUGAUUCUACUCAAGAAGCUCUUGUUCUUCUUAAAUGGAAAGCCAGCCUUCAAAACCAAAACCAUUCUCUUUUGACAUCGUGGACUCUUUCUUCAGUGAAUUCCACUAAAAUAAGUCCAUGUACUUGGUUAGGAGUCUCCUGCAACCAUGCUAGAAGCAUCAGAAGUAUUAAUCUGACUAGCGCACGUUUAACAGGUACCCUUCAUGAAUUGUUGUUCUCAUUCCUUCCUAAUCUUGAAUACCUUGAUCUAAGUGUGAAUGAACUCUUUGGUACCAUCCCUCCUCAAAUUGGCCACCUAACACAUCUAGAAAUCCUUUAUCUUUUUUCAAAUCAAUUCUCUGGCUCUGUUCCUAUAGAGAUAGGUAACUUGAAGUCUCUUUCAAACCUAGACUUGAGCACGAAUCAAUUGACUGGUUCUAUUCCUCAUUCCAUUGGUAAUUUGAGCAACUUAAAAGUAUUUUACCUCUCGGAGAACAACCUUUCUGGCUUUAUUCCUAUGGAGAUAGGUAGCUUGAUGUCUCUUUCGGAUCUAGACUUGAGCGAAAAUCAUUUGACUGGUUUUAUUCCUCAUUCCAUUGGUAAUUUGAGCAACUUAAAAGUAUUGUAUCUCUUUAAUAACAAUUUUUCUGGCUUUGUUCCUAUGGAGAUAGGUAACUUGAAGUCUCUUUCAGAUGCAGACUUGAGCACAAAUCAAUUGACUGGUUCUAUUCCUCAUUCCAUAAGUAAUUUGAGCAAUUUAAAAGUAUUGUACCUCGAGGAGAACAACUUUUCUGGCUUUAUUCCUAUAGAGAUAUUUAACUUGAAGUCUCUUUUGGAUUUAAAGUUGGACACAAAUCAAUUGAAUGGUUCUAUUCCUCCUUCCAUUGGUAAUUUGAGCAACUUAAAAGUAUUGUAUCUCUUCGAUAACAACUUUUCUGGCUCUAUUCCUAUGGAGAUAGGUAACUUGAAGUCUCUUUCGGAUCUAGAGUUGAGCGAAAAUCAAUUGAUUGGUUCUAUUCCUCCUUCCAUUGGUAAUUUGAGCAACUUAGAAGUAUUGUAUCUUGAAAUGAAUAAUUUUUAUGGCUCUAUUCCUAUGGAGAUAUGUAACUUGAAGUCUCUUUCGGAGCUAGUGUUGUACACAAAUCAAUUGACUGGUUCUAUUCCUCCUUCUAUUGGUAAUUUGAGCAACUUAAAAGUAUUGUAUCUCUUUGAUAACAAUUUUUCUGGCUUUAUUCCCGUGGAGAUAGGUAACUUGAAGUCUCUUUUGAAUCUAAGGUUGAACGUAAAUCAAUUUGAUGGUUUUAUUCCUUCUUCCAUUGGUAGUUUGAGCAAUUUAAAGUAUCUAUACCUUAGCAAUAAUAACCUUUCAGGCUUUAUUCCUUCUUCCAUUGGUAAUUUGAGUAAUUUAAAGAAGCUAUACCUUAGCCUUAAUAACCUUUCUGGCCCUAUUCCUUCUUCCUUUGUUAAUUUGAGUAAUUUAACACAUUUGUACCUGAACGGUAACAACCUUAGUGGUUCUAUUUCUAUAUAA